ACAGCCCAAGGACACGGGACAGGAAGAGGCGUCGUAAAGGAGGAAAAAAAUCAAGAUGGCAUCGGGUUCAGAUCACGGGCUUCAAAGAAUAGUUUGGAAAAGUAAGAUCCUUCUGUUUGAAUGCGUGUUAUGAAUAUGUGUAAUAGAGCAGUACUUUUUAAUAGUCUUUUUAACUUGAAGCACUUCUAACUGCGUGUUUUAAGUGUUAACGGUUUUUUGGCUCUGUGUCUUUGCAUCCGGGGACGUCAGUUUGACUCUGCUGUUUACCUCUGCUCAAGUUUAUCAACUUGAGGAUUGGCUUGAUUAUACAUGUGUUUUGGUUCAAAGGAGAUGCUGUUUUGAUUAUGUAAACCUACCUGAUCAUUGUAGUGUGAAGAGAAGCUGCUUAAGGGUCACUUUGUUCCUCCUAUUGAGCCCCACCUUAAACUCCACCACUGCUAACUUCAACAUUAACAGACACACUGAAACAGGAUAAAGUCAGUUUUAAAAUACGUAUCUUUUUGAGGUUCUGGUUAACCAGGAUACCUUUUCCCUUAUCUCUUGGAGUUGGGUCAGUUGUGUUGGGUGUGACAAUAUAUUGAGAUGAGCUGGUUCCUGAAUUGUAAAUAUAAGGGCUCUCUCAGUUCAUUUCCCAGUGAUUAUUGUAAUGAAGUGUAUUUCGGAUCCAGACUGGUGCUAUUAUGACAAUAUUGAAAAAUAAUUUUGUCCAUUAAUGAUCAUGAUACACACCUUUAUUCACUGUAAAGAACAAGAAGUCUCAUCUGUAAUAGAAUAUUGAAUAUAGGGGAGAGUGGGGUAAGUUGAGCCUCUCCUUGAAGAAAUGAUCAUGUGACCAAAUAUUAAGGAGAUGGGCAUCAAUUCAUGGAGUCUGUGAAGGUUAGAGGCACAUGGGUGAAGGGGUUAGACAUUUAUUACGUUUUUUACUCUUGAAAGUGAAUUUAGUCUGUCGUUAGUUUGAUUAGAAUUGUGUUCAAACCAAAAAAGAUAAUUUAAAAUUAGUUUUAUACAUCAGUUGUGGUAUCUGUGAGCUACAACAUGAGGUCAAAAACCUAGAAUAAAAGUCCACCAUUUUAUCGUAGAGGACUAAUAAAGUCAUAAUAGUAGUUCAGGGGUAAGUUGAGUCAGUGUCUCAACUGAGAAAGUAAAGGAGUCUGAUGAGAGGAUCAGAGUUUCAGUUCAGAUUGUUGAAAUGUUUGACUUUUUCUUAUUAGAAAUACAGCUGUGAAUGUUCUGAAUCACUUAAAGGCAUUCUCAUGUUAAAAUGGCUUUUUACAAAACCGCUUUUUAGCAGUUAUACGCAAUAAUAAUAAUAAAAGGGAUUAUUGUACCAGUUGAAUAGCGUAUAAUAGAUAAAAAUACACAUGAAUGUGAAAAAGUGACUGUCUUUUUCGACUGUGACGGUCUCUUAUGGUCAACUUACCCCAUACACGGGGUAAGUUGACCAUAAGAGACCACUUUUUUUGGCAUGCUAUAUUAUCAAGACAGUUCUGUUUGCACUCAUUCUGUUGGUUUGCAGGGAUGCACAACACCUUGAAAUAUAUGCAGAUACACUAGUUAGAGACAAAACUAGAAUUGCCUUGAUAUAGUGAUCCGACAUACAAAAAAUGGCUUAUCUUACCCCACUCUCCUCUACCUGUUUCUCAUAUUGUGAUCAUCUGUUUGUUUUAGAAACAUCCAAAACAAAUAAGACAAACAUUUUGCAAAUAUAUUUAGUAAUGUAUCUACUGUGUGUAUACAAAAAAAAUGCAUUCAGGCCAUGUAGCAAGCUGUAGUCUUGACAGGGAAGUUGAAAAGUGAAAGCAUGUCUUGGAUUGACAGUUAGUGCUUCUUGUGAGUUGUUUCCUGUAUACAAACCACAUUACAAACCACCAGAUCUUUGAAGUCAUCGGGGACAGAUCUACUUUCUCGCACCGAAGUCUGAGCCGAACAUGAAGGAGCAGUUUUAAUGCUCCAGAUAUUUAGAACAAACUCUCAGAGAAUGACAAGUCUACUGGAACUCUAAGUUGAGGACUCACUUGGUUAAAGCUUCCUUUUAAUAAAUAGGUAAUAAUUAAUGAUAGCAGACUGUUUUGAUCCUUAUUUUUAUAAUACAGCACAGCUAUGCACUGUAACUUUUGUGCUGUUAUUUUACAACUUUUACUUUUUAAUCCAAUAUCUUGCUUCCGGAGUUUUUCUUUUUCUUUUCUUUAAAUUUAAUGGGUUGUUUUAAUAUUUUUAAAUGUCCUGUUGAUGUUAAAAUGUGCUAUAGAAUCAAAUAAACCAUUCCUUUCCUCGUGUCUCUUGCAGAAAUAAAAGAAACUAUUAUCGCAGACUGCAGAAAAUCUGAAGUAUGGAAGGUAGGACACAGCAGGCCUAAUGUUGUAUUUGCAAAAGUAAAUAUUCAAAUUGUGACUUUUGCAGUGCUGCUUCUUUAACUUACACUGAUUAUUCUUCACAGAUUCUGAUUCUGGACGCCUUUACCACCAAGCUCCUCACAUCAUGCUGCAAAAUGUCCGACCUACUGGCAGAGAAAAUCACAAGUAAUCUUACGGUUAGAUACUUGAACCUAACUUCCUCAAGUCUUCACAUGGAUGUCUUUUAAACUAUAUGGUUUUUUUUCGUAGUUGUGGAGGACCUCUACAAAGCCAGAGAGCCUGUACCAGAGAUGAAGGCUAUCUACUUCAUGUCACCAACAGCUGAGGUUUGUGCCUUCUGAACUUUUCUUUUAUUUAGUAUACUGCUUGUUCAGUUUCGAGUUUCCCUGCUGGUCUAAUACAUUUCAUUUUGUAGUGUGUGAAGGCCUUCAUUGAUGAUUUUAAGACCAAGCCCAAAUAUAAAGCAGCAUAUGUUUACUUCACUGACUGUAAGUAAAAAUUAAAUCACUGCUUUUUAAACUCGAUUAAAAUGUCUCAUGUGUUAAAAGGAUUAAAGAAUAUCAGUUUUAUUUUUGUCCCACAGACUUACCAGAUGACCUCUUCAACAAAAUGAAGCUGAACUGUGCAAAGUACAUACGAGUCUGUAAGGAAAUAAAUAUGCACUUCAUGCCACAAGAGGCACAAGUGAGUGUUUCCAGGGUGUCUUUCAGGUUCUUUUGUAAUGCUCCAUUUCCUCUUUUUCUAUCUGAAGUGUUUCUUUUUAACCGAGCAAAACUCCACUCGGUCAAGUGCAUCAUGUCACGCUGCAAAUAGGAGGAAGAGAUUUGUUGUGUUUGGAGUCAACACAGUGAGGGUGUGGGCUGUUUCUAGCUGUGGUGUAAUGGUUUAACAAGCUUUGGAAAAACCCGAGGAACUGCAGAAGUUUGAGCGCUGGAAGACACUUUUGAGCCAAGAUUCUUACUUGAUUUUACACUGUUAAAAAAUAAAUCAGGGCUCUUUUUUCUAUCUGUACAAAUAUCUAGACAACUAUAUUUUGUCUGAAACAUUACACAGGGUUCCUAUGCAAGUGUGGAAAAGUAUGGAAGUAGUUUGAUCAAUUUCCAGGUCUUAAAAAGUAUGCAAAAUGAGAAAUAAAGUAUGGAAAAACAUCUAUAUUUCAAGACUAUAACCACAGUUCUAAAAUACUGUUUUCUAAAAAAAGAAAAGAAGGUAUUUCCAAAAAUAAUUCUAAAAAGUAGGGUAUGGAAAAGUAUGGAAAUUCCAACUGUGCAGGAACCCUGAUUACAGAAAAGGAGAAAAAGCUUUUUUUUAAAACAGGUAUUUUGACUGCUUUUCAGGUCUUCUCGUGUGAUAAUCCUGGGGCUUUUCGAAGCAUCUACAGUCCCAAGAGUCAGGACAAAAGGAAGACACUGGAGACACUGGCAGACCAGCUUGUCACACUCUGUGCUACGUUGGAUGAGUACCCAGGGGUCAGAUACAAGAAGUAAGCCAGGGAGGAUUUAGUUUCACUGCCCCUGAGCAGAGGGAGGGCUUUGAUGGGAAAAGUUUGACCAAGACUACAGACUCCGUUAACCAACUCUGCCAAAAUAUGUUGUUGUUAAUUCAGUGAUUCAGCUUUACAUAUUAACAUAAAUCCAAUCAAGAGAAGUGUAUGGCUUCUUUUAUGGGAUUAUGAGCAGGUACAGUUUUGAUUGUCUCAUACACAAAAGCAAAAGUAACACCAUGCAGGAAACAGACAAAUGGAUAAACUGUUGUGUUAUGGAGGUUUGUCACAAACAUUUGCCCCUUCUGUUGGAUGGAAUUUUAACAUUAGAGUAACUCAUUGACUGUGUAUGAGAAAUGGAUGUAGCCUCUGGUUUAAAGAGGAAAGCCUGUGUCUGCAAGGCUAGGGACUGUUGUAUUAGAAGUGCAGUUCUAGGACUGAAUUAGGGUUUUGAUUCUAUAUUAAAGGGAUAUUCCGGCGUAAAAUUAACUUAGGGUCAAACACGCUGAAACACCCCCUUGAAAGAUGAAUGUUGCCGACUGCUUGUUUCUCUUAUACCAAUUUUAGCAACGACCGCGUGAAAGUGAUACACAGCGGUCUACGUCUCCACGUGCAAACCUCAACCAAAAAGCCACUCUAUAGCCACAAAUGCUCAGAACAGCACCUAACUUCAUCAACAUUACAUAUAGGGUCCCAGCCAUAGUACUAGCCAUCAAACAUCUUUUUAGCUUUGCCUUAUUUCUUCAGCAAAGAGACCAAACACAACUCACCUACUCUCCUCCAGCAGACACUUCUUUGUGGGGGAGCCCUGAGAAGGCAAUCAACGAGUGCAGCAGAGUUUCACAGCUCAAGGAAGAACAUUUAUGAUUAUUACUUCAUGAAAUGCAAUCAGAGUUCUUGUGUAUCUUGUAAAUCGGUUUAUUAUUAUUGAGUGCUUCACGUAAAAUCUUGCGUUUCUUCAAGUGAGUUUCCCCUGCAAAUACGUAAAGUUAAAAAUUAUUUUAUGCCGGAAUGUCCCUUUUAGAGUCUUUGAGUUGCAGUCCUUGAACUGUAGUCCUGCUGGAUCUGCAGUCACGUGAAUAACCUUUUACCUGCAAGAUUUUGCAAAGGCCAACUGAAGUGAUUUGGUUGUCAAAUAGAGAGUGGACUGUCAUAAGGUAGAUGGGAGAAUGACGCCACUUCUCAGUUAAUUAAUUGCCUUAGUAAACACUUACUGAACAGUUAGGGAUGCACAGUAUUGGAUUUUUGCUCAUCUCCAAUAUUUUCUAACUGACAUCAAUAUCAGUGCGGUCUGUGGUGCAACCGCCAAUGAGUAUUAACACGACUCUGAGUGUGACUUAUGAAAAUCAAUAUCUGUCCAAACAGGGACGGCAACAUGGAGAACGCCAAGAUCCUUGCAGAGCUGGUGGACACCAAACUGGCCAGCCACUAUGAGAUGGAUGAAGGUGGCAAGAAAAAGGUGAGACAUGAAGGAUGUUGGCAGAAUAAACAAUGUCUCAGCCCAGGGAGUUCAUGGAAACCCAGACACAUAGGAUUAUUUUUGGAGCUGCACUUCAACACAAGCAUUUCGUUUUUCACCUGGAGCAGAGUUAUUUUGACCUCGACAAGAAGUUAGAAAAGGGAAAAGACUACAGUGGAUGCAAUAUCAAACAUUUCUUCAAUUUACUGUCAUGUUUCUUGUUUUUCAAUCAGCCUGUUCUCUUUCUUUCAUAAGGGGAAGACUCAGGCUCAGCUGCUUAUCGUAGACAGAGGCUUCGACCCUGUCAGUCCCAUCCUGCACGAAUUGACCUACCAGGCCAUGGCCUACGAUCUUAUUGAUAUCCAGGACAACAUCUACAAGUAAGGAAAGCUCUUCCAACUUCAUCUCAUUAAUUUUACGACAAAUUGUUUUAAUAAUAAUUCCUCUUUGUGCCCAGGUACAAGUCUAAAGACAGCUCCGAGAAGCAGGCCCUGCUGAAUGAGGAGGACAUGCUCUGGGUGGAGCUCAGACACAAACACAUUGCCGACGUCUCAGCGUGAGCGUGCAGUGUCAAAGUCAAAGUGAUUGAUGUGAUCCUCUUCUUCCUCAUUUCAACCUUAAAACUCUUUUUUCUUUCAUCUCACUACAGACAAAUCCCCAAGAUGGUGAAGGAGAUCUCUGCUAGCAAGAAACAGCCAGAUGGGAAGGUACGGCACUGAGGUCUCUUUGUGGAUACUUCCUGAUCUGUUUAUUUUAAAUGUAUCCUGACAAAACUUUCACUUUAAUUACAGAUAACAAUUAGCAAUUUGGCCCAGAUGAUGAAGAAGAUGCCGUCUUUCCGUAAACAGCUGACUGAGGUGCGUGUUUUCAUCACUGUAUUCUCUUUAAUAUAUAUAUAAAUAUAUAUAUACAUUGUUAAUAUAGAGGUAGAAACAGUUUUAAAAUGCAAAAUAAUGUCAUUUUUAAAACAUACAAAUGUCAUUAACCACAAUUACCUAUGAAAUUGAUGUAGCUAAUAACAGUUUGAUGAUCAUUGAUUAGGUUUAUUGUGUCUUUUUUGAUGAAUUACAAUCAAAUGUUCUUUUAUACAGACAGGUUUUUUGUUUACCUUACGAACAGCAGCAGUCUUCCUCCGAGUGUCACGUGAUGGUUGUGUGACGCUGGAUCAGGGAGGCAAUGGAGAUUCAGAAGCGGACUUGGGGUGCCAUUUUGCAGCGGGCAGCUGAAGGCGUGACCGAUCUGUCAAACUGACGGAAAGGUCACGCCUUUGGAAACACCAGCUGUUUUAAGACGCGUCACACAACCAUCACGUGACACUCUGGGGAAGACUGCCACCAGCACAUCGAAUCAUGUCAGCAGUGUUGUUUUCGUUGACGAUGAUGUUGACAAAAAUAUGUUUAGCAUUUGACUAAGGAAAUGCUCAUGAAUUCGUCGUCCACCACUAACGUUUUCAUCUAGUCUCGUCUCGUCAACGUAAACACACAUUCAUCUCAUCAUAUUUUAGUCAUAUGAGACUUAUGUUUAGCUCGUCACGUCUUCGUCGUGAAAAAAAAGGGGCGUUGACGGAAUAUUUUCAUCAAUGAAAACAACACUGCGCGUCAACAUCUGAUCGUAAUUUGAUGAUCAAGUUGACAGUGCAAUUAGAUAUAGUAAAUAAAGGGAAUUGGAGAUUCAUGUGGAGCAAGAGCCGUUUGAGAAAACAGGUUUGAGAAAGAAAUCUCUAAAUGGCAAGUAUGCGAACAAGAGCAGUUCAUAAUGGUACCUGACUGUUGUUUGAUAACCAAUAAAUGAUCCUUUCUUUUUUCAAUCCAAACCCAAGAUGAAGAGAGCUUUCAAGAUGCAACUUUUCCAUCCUCCUUUAGAUGUGCACAAGUGUGUGCUAACCACUUGUAAUUAAGGGCUUCAUGUAUUAUUAUGUUGUGGUUGGGCGUGGUGCCUCCAAAGCCCAGAAUCAUGCGGGGUUGACUUCAUCAUGUUAUUUGCAGAAAACAGAAUGAAAAGCUGUGAUUUAUCAUAAGUAAUAGUCCUCAACUUUUCUCUCUCUGUCUGUAGAAAACUGUUCACCUGCAACUGGCCGAGGACUGCAUGAAGCAUUACUCCAACAACGUGGAGAAACUCUGCAAGGCUGAGCAGGUGUGUGUCUGUGCUCCAUCCUGUGUUUGACAUUUUUGCUUUUGGUCCAGUCUGAAUAAAGACUAAAACAGUGGUCGGUGUCCCUGCAGGAUCUUGCAGUUGGGUCAGAUGUGGAAGGAGUGAAGGUGAAAGACCCCAUGAGGACCCUGCUUCCUGUUCUGCUUUACCCGUAUAACACCCAUGACAAGAUCCGAGCUGUGCUGCUCUACAUCUUCAGCCUCAGUGGUACAAAAAUCUUCUCCUGCUGGGCCCCGUCUCUGUCUGUCAGAUAUUAUUUCAAAUGCUUUAACAUUAUUAUUCUAUAACCCCUCGAAAAAGAUCCAUAAAUUGACCCUGAACAUGUAUUCGUCUGACCCAGACCUUUAUCUGAGAUUCACCAGGAGACUUUCUCACUUUGUUUGUGUGUGUGAACAGGAACAACAGAGGAAAACUUAAACAAACUCAUCCAGCACGUAAAGAUUGAGACUGAACAAGAGUUCAUCCUGAACUGGAAGGAACUGGGGGUCCCGAUCAUCACAACGGUACUUCUCCUUUUAUUUAUUUAUUUAUUUAUUUUUCAAUUUUCUUUUUAUUCAGAAAGGCACAACUUCAUCACAAAUAUCAUAACACACUUACAUUAAUUCAGUUUGGACACAGUAAUGUUGUCCAUACUGCCCUUCUGAAGCUUUUUCCACAGACCCAAACAUUCCAGGUGCAAACAAUAACACAAAAACUACAGAACCCGAGAGCACACCCUUCAUACAAAAAAAUGUAAAAUAAAAGAGGGUAGGUUUACACAAAACACAAGUGUGGUCAAAUAAAAUCAGAUCUGGUUGGUUUUACAUACUCAGUACAUUUAGUCCAGAUUUAAACCGUUUUAAUCCAUUCAUAGAUGGUGGGAGUUUCCGCUUUUAACCAUUUCCUAGUCUCCUUUUAUUUCUAACCAUUAUUCCCCAAAGAAAUUUGAAUUUACAAGAACAUCAAAAUCUUUACAAGAGACUGGUUUGGUUGGUUUUCCAACAUUUGAGGUUUUAGCGUCUUAAAAAAAACGGUGUUAAUUUUUAGGGUGUUUGCGUUCUGCUUUUUAUCCGUUCAGUUCUGUUUUUCAGUCUCAUUGUUGCUUUUGCUUUUUGUUUCCAGCCCAGUUUCUUCUCUCGAAAACCAACCAGGCGGGAUCGUUCCCACGAGGAGAAGUAUAACCUCUCCAGAUGGACCCCUGUCAUAAAAGAUGUGAUGGAGGUCAGUGAGGAGAGGUUACCAUGUUGUGUAACGGCGUCUUCUUUUUCCCAGCCUUCUUUCUGCGUGCUCACAUACCUUUUAUUAUACACAACUCAAAAACAGUGAUUUUAAAGUUGUUUCUGUGUCAUUGAUUGAUUUGCUCAAGGAAAUUGAAGUCGUGAUGAAUCACAGAGCUGAAUGUAAAAGUAGCCUGACUCCAGACUUGGAGAGAAGAGGGCGCAUAUAAGAAGAAUAGGAAGAAAAGGGAAGGAAGUACCAGCAUAAUCGUAUGUUAUGUACAUGGAGCUGGAUCUAGGUCACUGUGCUAACUCGGUCCCCCUCUGAAAGGCAUUCGUGAGAAAAAAAGUGAACCGAGCCUCGACACCACCAAAGAAUGAGGUUAUCAGAUACAGGCCAUCAGUGUCACAUGUAUGUUUGUGUUGUUCCUGACAGUUUCAUACGUUUUGUAAAAGCCAACCUCUUAGUAUCUACAUAAAGCACAAUAAUGCACCACUUUUGUGACGAUCCCUGGGGACGGCGCUUCUGUGGCAGCAACACGCCUGUGCGCUGAUCAUCAGAUGUUUUUAUUGUUCUCCGUAUGAAGGGUUUUAUUUUGGAGGUUAGGGUUGUAAGGUGAGAUAAGGUUUUGUGUAAAAAAGAAAAAAGACAGGUCACUGUCAGUCGCUGCCUUGUUGAACAAGCGCUCUAAUUUACCUUUUCACUCUGUCUUGUUUGGUUUGCUUUCAGCCUUUUUUUUUUUACUCUGGUGAGUUGUUGGAGCCCUGGGGAGAGUAUUGUAGGAUAAACAUAUUCGCUCUGAUGUCAAACCAGAGUGCAGAGUAACUUUUAACCAUGUGGUAGCUGAGUCUAAGUUAUUUGACUCUAAAUGUGAGGAAGAAAACACGGCCCUGAGCAGUUGUUAAGCUCUUUGUUUGUAUUUUUACUUUUAACUUAGAAAAACAGGAAGGUGUAAAAUAUGUCAGGCUUCAAUUGAAAAUAAAAACAAAAAACCAAUCACUUCCUGUAUUACAAUUGGAAAGCUCAUUUCUGAGCACCUGGUUUCCUGUCAACCUUGUUUUGAACUCUUUCCUGCAGCAGGAAGCAGACCUGAAUUUGAUAUAAUACUUUCACUUCUUGCAGCCAGUUGAAACCGAUCUUCUUAUAUAAAAAGUGUUUAUUUAUUUAUUAAUGAGUGAGAAACACAUGGUGACUAAAUUCCUGAGCACUCGUCUGGUUUCCUGGUCUCUGACUGUGUUUUGACACCCCCUGCUGCAUGUCGGAGCUCACAGCACAACUUGUCUCGUGGUUGUGUUUUCUUCCUAUGGUCUGAAAGUAGAACUGCUUUUGGAGAUCUUUGCCAGUCACUUUCAAGUGAUCUCUAAAGAAGCUAAAGCCUGGGUUCAAAAUGUAGCACCAGUCAAAGUCCUUAUUUGGAAUUGACACUACUCAAUGUUUAUUGCUGGAGUCUGGGACAACUUAUAAGAUGAUAACUGUGCCAGUGAAGUCCAAAACUGUUUGUUUUAGAUUUUCAUGAGCACCUUGAUAUGCCUUUGAGGUUUUAGUUUAAUGUGGACAUGAAGCUCAAGCCAAACUUAGUCUUUAAAUGUUUGAUAUUUUUUUGUACAGAACUCCUUCCACCGUUAACACAAACUUAAAAAUCUGACUUUCAGGAUGCUGUGGAGAACAAACUGGACACCAAAGAGUGGCCGCACCAGUCUGAGUGUCCUGCUGCCUGGAACGGCUCUGGAGCUGUCAGGUAAAGAAGUUUUUCAGAACGAUCUCGUCUCAAAAUGGGACAGUACAAAAGUGGGUAGUUAGCGCCCUCUGCAGGUUAGUAAACUGAAUAUCUACUCAUCAGUCAUGUUUUCCUCCCAUGUUUGUCUGAAUCAAUAACUGUUACUCCUGCUGUAUUCGACAGUGCCCGCCAGAAGCACAAAGCCAGUGCUCAGGAUGAUCGCCGAACCGGCGCGCGCCUCAUCAUCUUCAUCCUGGGAGGGAUGUGCUUCUCAGAGAUGCGCUCUGCUUAUGAGGUCACCCAGGCUGUGAAAUCCUGCGAGGUCAUCAUAGGUGAGCGUGGAAACUAAAUCAACAUUUUCUCUGAAUAUGUUGAAUAUUUUUAUCCCACAGGGCUCCAAUUUUUUAACUUAUACUGGCGACUAAAGUCAGAUUUCUCACCGGAGCAAUGUUCAAACACUGAAAAGAUCAUAUUGGUUGAAUUACAUUUUUUGUGGAUUUUUUGGAAUUUGGAUAAUACAGAAUAUCCUAUGAUAAGCAAAUACACUGUAUAUUCGUGGAUGUUUUUAUCCUCUUGGCUCUUAAUCAGAAAAUCUCCAGUCCUGUGACACCACCUGCUGGAGCCUGUCAAAACUGCGACCUCCUUUAUUUUCUCAUUUCGAUGUUUGUUUGCAGGGUCCACUCACACUUUGACCCCGACCGGUCUCCUGGACGACAUCAAGGCUCUGAGCAAAGGCCCCAUGGAGACUUUAACAAUAGAGGAAAGGAGUACGGCUUGAAAAUGUUUGACCCAGCUAACACAAACUCGCCCCUGCUUCUGUACAUCGCAUAUCUUUGACACACUGCACUCAUCUCAACUUCCUAAAAGGAAAACUGAAGGGAAUGUACCUUAUACUUAUCUUUGACUUUUUAAUACUCUUUUAAAACCUGGUGCACAUUUCCAGAAAGUAUGAGGAGAAAUUUUCUAAUUUGGUCAUUUCUGGAAGACUCUUCUUGAAGAAAAAGAUUUGAAUAGCAUCGAUCAAAUUAAAGAUGAAUUUUCCUCAUGCCACUUUGAGCAUUUUGAGUUUAAAUUUUCUAAUCUGCUUGUCUGUGUGUGCCUUUUUCAUCAGAAAAAUUCAUGUUACUGUUUGUGCUGCAUGUUGAAAGACGUCUGACAAGCUGUCAGAGACAGAAUGAUGGAGGUAAAGCAAUGAAAACUUAAUGUAUAUAAUGUAUGUAAGCACUGAGGCCCUGCUGUGUUAUUCUGACUUUUUUGGUCACUACUGUUUAUAAACACUUAAUAUAAAUUUAAAGAGUGUUUUUAACAAAGAUUAUUUACCUUUUGUGUUGAAUUGAACAACUGACUAAUAAACGAAUGAAGUGGUUCAAAUCCUG